GCUAGUUGUAGGCCGGACGUAGUUAGGUGUGGGGACCAGAUGCUGCCAAUGGCGGCUGGCGUUGAGACGAUGGAAGUGGAGUCGGAACCUGCGCUGAAGCCGACGCCCGAGCUGGGGGCUGCCGCCAAGUUUGCCGGCUUGCAGACUAAGGCGGUGAAAGUGCACUUUGACGCCGAGAAGCGACUGGUGUGCGCCGAGUACCCGGGGGUUGUCCGCGACCCGCUGAAGAUGCUGGAGACGCUGGGCGGAGAGGAGGGGGUUUCCCGGAUUUACGCUGAUCCAAGCAGGAGACUUGAACUGCACUUCCGUCCAAAGGAUCCUUACUGCCACCCUGUGUGUGGUAACCGGUUCCCCUCAACCAGCAUGCUACUCCGGGUCAAGAGGAAAAAGAAGAAAAUCAGAGCAGAGGCACCUCCAAAGGAAGGAGAAUGUGAAGAAGAGAUUAAAUAUGAAAUGGAAAUUCUUGGUGUUAUCGGGACCACUUACAAAUUUCAGGGUAUGUCUGAUUUCCAGUUUCUUGCCUUGCACAAUGCAUCAGCAGGCUCACAAAUGUCCAUGUACGACAAAGUUAUUCUCCGCAAGCCGGAACACAAGGAGUUCUUUGAUCAGGAGCUGCCGCUGUAUAUCCCUCCUCCAAUAUUUUCCCGUGUGGAUAACCCUGUGGAUUACUUCUAUCGCCCAGAGGUCCAGCACAGGGAAGGAUAUCAGCCUCCAAAACUGUCCAACGAGAAUCUGAUUGGUCUGGGACGAGCACGCCGUCCCCACAACGCCAUAUUUGUAAACUUUGACGAUGCCGAGGUCCCAUCCCAGCCACUUGAAGCUGCCGUUCAGAACUGGAGCAAAUUUAACACUCAGGCAGCAGACCGGAAAGUUGAAGAAGAACUGAAAGGGAUCUUUGCUAUCCGGCCCAUUUGGUCCAGAAAUGCAGUUAAGUCAAAUAUUAAUGUGCAUCCAGAGAAGCUGAAGCUGCUGCUGCCUUUUGUAGCCUACUACAUGCUUACAGGUCCCUGGCGAAGUCUCUGGGUGAGGUUCGGAUAUGACCCAAGGAAAGAUUCCAAGGCAAAGAUUUAUCAGGUGUUGGAUUUCAGACUUCGUUGCAGCACCAAACAUGGUUAUAUGGCCUCUGACAUGCCAGUGAAGGCAAAGCGCAGCACAUUUAACUACAGCCUGCCCAUUACCAUCAGCAAGCCAGUCCCCCAGGUUGUGCGUAUUCAGGAUCUAACUAAAGCUCCAAAGAUUCUCAGCUUCCCACAUAGGAGAAUGCUCACCCUGUCUGGAUACAAACUCAAAGAGUCGGUGUACAUCUUCCGAGAGGACACUUUGCCACCCUAUCGCCAGAUGUUUUAUCAGCUGUGUGACUUGGAUGUAGACAGUUUAAAAAAGAUCAUCCAUCGCAAUAAUGGCAACGAGACCACAUGUGACGAGAGGGAUGGCUGGUGUUUGCCAAAAACCAGUGAUGACCUCCGGGAUCGGAUGUCCAACAUGAUUAAAGAGGUCUGUCGCAAAAAUCGAGCAGCUUCGACUUGUCUGAGAAAGAAACCGUCAGUCACUCAGGAGAGAGAAGAGCAUGAAUCUGCAGAGGAGGAGGAGGAAGAUGAGGAAGAAGAAUACGCACCGUCGGAGGGAAGCGAAAAUGAAAUGGAGACCGAGAUUCUCGAUUACAUUUGACUGUAUCGGAUGUGAGCUGGACUUGGUUACAUGAGGCGAGAGACAAACACAGAUUGUUGCAUUGAAAGUACACUGACAUGAGAUGGUCACUAUGCAGGGAGUGUCUGUAAUAAUAUGCAGCACGGCCUCGUGUUCAUGUAGCUGGCUACAUUGGACCAGCAUCUCUGACAGAAACUGCUGUUGCAGUUGGGAAUUGGCAAUUGAUCAGUUGCUUCUGGUUUUGUUUAUUGGAAUGUGACCAAGCCGCGCAUACGGUGAUCACUAACGAAGCGUUAUGGAACCGGACUGCUGGUGUACAGCAUCUUCUGUCUCUCUGUUAUAUGAACAGGGAGGCUAUUGGAUUGUGUGGAGGCUCAGUAACUCAUUUACUUAUUAGUGGGUCAUGGGUUGUUAGUUGAGGUUCAUCGCCAUGUCGAUGUGAAAAUGCGUGGUUGAGUGGUGGUCUGCAGGCUGGUGUUCUCUGUGACUCCUUACCUUCCAUGCCUUCUCCUGCACUGAGUAUCCAUUCCCAAUUAGGCCUUUAAUAGGAGGCUCAUCCACCAAGACCAGCUUCCUGUUGCUGGCCACGUUGUAGGCACCAGAACCACUUCCAGACAUUCUCAUUACUGGUACCAACGUUCAAUUGCAAGACUUUUAUUGUUAGGUAGUUUAGUGUUUUUUAUUUGUAAACCAAUGAAUGGGUAGUUGUGCUUCCGGUUCUCCAAGGUGGUGAUUUUCCAUUUGGGAUGAAAUGAAAUCCAGAAAGGACAGAGAAUUCCUUCAACAGAGCAGUGGGUCCACCAUCAGACUAUGGCAGAGGUGAGGGAAAGUAUGGUGUUCACCGUUGUGUAUGAAUUCAAUUAAAUUGAAUACAUUUUAUUACCCGAGUAUGUAUACAUACAAAUAAUUUCUUGGUAAUUUGCUCGCAAGGAUAACAACACAAUAUACAGUAGACCAUUAAAUAUAAAACGUUAUAAUUUAAACAUGUGAAGAAUAAAAUAAUAUACCAGAGCAAAAGGAGGGUACAGACAUUUGGCUGUUGACUAGAGCUACUGCUCAUGGAAAAAAGCUGUUUAUGUCUGGCUGUGGCGGCUUUGACAGUCCGGAGUCGCCUUCCAGAGGGAAGUGAUUCAGCGAGUUUGUGGCCAGGGUGUGAGGGGUCAGACAUUAUCUUACCCGCUCGCUUCCUGGCCCUUGCAGUGUACAGUUCGUCAAUGGGGGAAGGUUGCAGCCAACAACCUUCUCGGCUGAUCAAACAAUGCGCUGCAGCCUCCGGAUGCCAUGCUUGGUGGCUGAGCCAAAUCAGACCAUGAUGGAGAAGAUGAGGACAGACUCUAUGAUAGCAGUAUAAAACUGGACCAUCAUUGCCUGUGGCAGAUUAUUUUCUCAGCUGCCGCAGGAAGUACAUCCUCUGUUGGGCCUUUUUGUCCGUGGAGUCGAUGGCGGCCUCCCAUUUUAUGUCACUGGAGAUGAUGGGUCCAAGGAAACAUGACUCCACAGAUGUGACUGUGUUGUUGUUGAUGGUGAGUGGGGGGAGGGGAGGGGGAGCUCUCCUAAAGGCUACAAUCAAUUCCACUGUCUUAACGUUGAGCUCCAGGUUGUUGUAGUGGCACCAGGAGGCCAGUUGUGUCACUUCCUGUCUGAAGGCAGAUCCCUCCCCAUCCUGGAUCAAUCCCGGGUUAUGUCGUCUGCAAACUUGAGAAGCUUGGCGGAGGAGCCUGUGGGUGCAGUCAUUGGUGUAGAGAGAGUAGAGGAGAAGGGAGAGUAUGCAGCCUUGCAGUGCCUCUAUGCAGAGGGUCAGUGGAUCUGAGAUGUACUUUCCCAGCCUCACAUGCUGCUUCCUGUCUGUCAAGAUGUUGGUGAUCCAUUGACAUAGGGGUUCAGGCACAGUCAACUGGGAGAGUUCGGAGUGUAGUAGAUCUGGCACAAUGGUGUUGAACGCAGAGCUAAAAUCACAAAUAAAAUCCUUGCCUAGGUCCCCUGGCGGUCUAGAUGCUGGAGGAUGAAGUGCAGGCUGAGGUGAACUGAUCUAUUGGCCCGGAAUGCAAACUGCAGGGGUUUGUGAUACUUUUCAGCUGGGCUAGCACAUCUUUCAAGGGUUUUCAUGAUUACAGAGGUCAGUGCGACAGGCCUGUAGUCAUUAAGUCCAGUAAUCCUUGGCAUUUUGGGUACAGGAACAAUAGUGGAGACUUUGAAGCAGGCAGGGUCAGUGCAGGUUUGCAGGGACU